CAGCCGCUCGCGGAGGUGCUGGGGCGGAGGGGGGCUGAGCUGGCGGCGGGCCUGCUAGCCGCGCUGGUCGCGCCCUCGCCGCUGCCGCGCGUUCACAAGGUGGCGGCGCUGCUGCUAGAGCUGUCGCAACUGGCGGCGCUGCUGGAGGCGCAGCAGAAGCAGCAGCAGCAGCAGCAGCAGCAGCAGCAGCAGCAGCAGCAGCAGCAGCAGCUCGCGCAGUCGUGGCUCGCGGCGGCGCUGGCGGCGCUGCCGCCAGGCCAGCUCGCGCCGGGCGAGGCGGCCGCGGUCGCGCGCGCGUGGGGGCCGCUGCUGGCGCAGCACGCGUCACGAUCGUAUGUCGUGCUGCGGCGGCUGCGGCGCGCCGUGAGGGAAUUCGCCGAGCGCCACGCGCGCCGGUGA